AUGAAGAGCUCCGCUGUCGUGCUGCUUCACACACUGGCCUUAUCCUGGACAGGUGCAGUUGAGUCUGGCCCCAAAAUCGAUGGUCGUCAGCGCGCCUCUCUGACCCUGCGGGAGAACAUGACCCACCGCUUCAGCUGCCAGACAGACAGCUGGGACCCCCGCGCCCCUCCCCUGCUCACCUGGUACCUGAACGGGGAACAGAAGCAGCACAUGCAGAGCAGACCUCCGGUGAAGAGAGGCCGUAGAGUCAUGCCGCCGCCUCCCGAGGACUUCAGCGACAGAGCCAACUCUCCAAACAGCACGUUCUCCUUAAAAGUGCGUCGGUGGGACAGAGAGCUGGUGUGUGUUGCCUCCAACCCCAAAACAGGACAAAGCUAUAAUGCUACAGUCAUGUUAAAUAUACAAUUUCAGCCUGAGAUCCUCAAAGUCAAAGCCCAGUACAGUGAGACCGCAGACCCGGGCCUCUCUCUGGUGCUGUUUGCGCUGGUUCGCUCCAAUCCUCCUGCCACACUCAGCUUCAUGGACCAGACGGGACACGUGGUCGCAAACACUUCGGACUUCCUCAUUCUGGACUCGCAAAGUUAUCCCUGGCUGACCAAUCACAGCCUGCGUGUCGCCCUGAGUAGCCUAUCAGGAAACAUGUCUCUGAACGCGGACAAUAGUCUGGGAUCGGCUCAGAGCAACCUCACGCUGGCAGAGUUCCUGCAGUCCCGGGUGGAAGUGCCAAUGUUGGGGAUCGUGACAGGUGGAGCCAUGGCGUUUAUGGCCCUCCUCAUCCUCAGCCUCAUCGUGCUGUGCCUCAUGCAGAAGAACAAAAGCAAGAGCAUCGAUGAGCCUGUGGAGAUAGUGAUGGCCCCAAAGAGUGAAUCCCCGACUUUAAAGACAGAGAAACCAGAGAAGCCUCACAUGCCCAGAGAAAACAUGUCUUUGCCUUCAAACAUGCAACUGAACGACCUCAGCACUUUAAAAAGAGUUCGAGACAUUGCGAAACAACACAGUUUGGACGAGGAAGAUUUGUCGUUGGCCUAUGCUGCCAGAGGUUUUGCUCGGUAUCCGAUGGUGGGCUACAUCUACAAAGUCAUCUCUGGUGUCUACUCUCUCUGUGUGUCUCCUGGACCAUGCACUGCUCCUAAUACUGGUGUCUCUGCAACGUUCAUGCAUCCAACCGACCAAGCCAUACUCACACAUACACAUCAAGAGCAAGAAUUCAAGGAAUAA